AUGCGUGGCCGACAAAUCAGGCCCGCGCGGCUGGUGCAGAACGUCCAGGAGGAGCUUAAGCGCACCGUAAUGGGCAGCGAGAAUACUUACAAGCCGCCGUGGCUAAACAUUGUCUCGUCGGUCCCGCCGUCCGAGACGCUCGUCCGGCCGAUCCCCACGCAGCACACGGCGGUCAGCGGCAGCAGCAAGGCCAAGAAGCCGCGCAACAUUUACCGUCCGCAAAAGAUUGUCUACCUCGAGGACAAGCUGCGCGCGACGUUUUACAAGGACCACCCGUGGGAGCUGGCGCGGCCGCGCAUCUUCCUCGAGUCGGACGGCAAGGACGGCCAGCGCUGCGACUGGAGCAAGGGUGUGCGCCAGCCGGGCAUGGCGCUGACUGGAGAGAGCGUCGUCCAACGCCAAUUAUAUCUCAUCGAAGUCAAAAACAUGUCGCAGAACAAGGCCUACGACACGGCACGCAAAGAAUUCUACAGGCUGCGUCAGGCCGAGGAGAUUGAGCGUCGGGUCGCCGUCGAGGAGGCGCGCCAUGUUGGCGCCUACUUUGGCAUGACGAGAGGCGAUGUUGGCAUGAAGCUCGAGGACCAGGAGUUUGAGAACUGGAAGGUCUGGGCCGGCAAGGAGACGGCGGCGCGCCAGGCGCAGGCGGCCUCGGAGGUGGAAACGUUUGACCCCAACGAUGCUCUGCCCGACGAGGAUGCUGAUUUGGUCGGAAUGACUGAAGCCACUCUUGAGCGAGGGGCGUAG